AUGUGUCCCACACCGCUAGACGUAUUAAAACAAAAGCGAUCUAACAUACGCAGGAGCAUUUCCCGCAUUGGAGCAGCAGUCGCCAAGACGGAGAAGGUUGAGAAGCCAAAUGCCGCGCUGACGCCAGCCGAACUCACGUGUCGGCUAACUAUUUUGGAGGCCUACUUCAAACAAAUCAUGGCCGUCCAAACCGAAAUCGAGGCACUCGACUCAACCGAGGAACAGCUAAACUACCGGGCCGAGCUGGAAGAUCUGUUCAUCGCUACAAAGGUGACCAUAAAGGAUCAGCUUGGAGACGACGUGCACAAUUCUACGCCGCUCGCCCAAGACACGCUACUCAGGCCUGGACCAACAUCAUCUCUUAAGCUACCAACUCUUGCGCUCCCGACCUUUGCUGGCGAGUACGCGGAAUACAGAAAUUUUAUUACUACGUUCCUGCAAGUUGUAGAUCAGCAGGAAGCGCUAUCGCCGAUCGAGAAGUUUAAUCACCUCAUAAACUGUCUCAGAGGCGCCGCCUUAGAAACCAUCAAGGCGUAUCAAGUCACUCCAGAGAAUUACAGCAAGGCCUUACUUCGCCUAAAGAGCAGGUACGAUAACCCCACCAUCGUAUUCCUGGACAACAUAGCGUCACUCUUCAAAUUGCCAACUGUGACCACCGAAAAUAGUGUACAGUUGCGCAGCCUGGUUGACAACGCAUCAGCGUUGUUUAACUCGUUGCGAUCUUUAGGAUCCGAAGCGCAGAUAGCUCAAACGAUGUUGAUUGCUAUUGUCAUGGAAAAGGUAGAUAAGAGAACCCGGCAGCUCUGGAACGAAUCUCUCACGUUCGCAGCACUACCCUCUUGGAAUGCCUGCCUCUCCUUGAUUGAACGGCACUGCCAACACUUGGAGUCCUCAAUACAUCACAUCGGCAAUCCGAAUACGGCUCAAAAUACAUCCGGCAGAACGCGACAACCGCAAGCUCCACGCAUGGGCCACAGCUUUACGUGCUCCACGCAAGCGUGUCCUAUAUGCUCUGGCAGGGAUCAUCGGAUUUUUAGAUGUUCGCGACUGCAAAACAUGUCGCCUGCCCAACGUCUAGAAGCUGUCCGGACAAAAUCGCUGUGCACAAACUGCCUUGGAAAGGCUCAUCAUCCGUCAAAUUGUCCAUCUUCAAAUAGGUGCAGAAUAUGUUCACGGCUGCAUCACACUAUGCUUCACUUCGAUCCGUCAGGACAGGAAUCCAGGAGUCCUAGGCGGCCAAGUCCGACUAAUGCGCCACCUCAGCACCAUGUCGCUGAGGCCGUCGCUCACGCACACGUGGAUACCCACCACGACCAAAUCAUUCUGGCUACAGCCAUAAUACUAGUGCAGGAUGCUGUGGGCAACUACGUACCAGGACGUGCACUACUGGACUCUUGCUCCCAAGUUAACUUCAUGUCCGAAGACUUCGCUCAACAACUUCGUUUGCCCCGAAGCAAGGGACUUAUCGACAUUCGAAGCAUUGGCGAUUCUUUCACCCGCAUCAAGCAUCGCAUUUCGACCGUUGUAAAGUCACGAUUCGGUGAAGCAGAGUUACCCGUCGAAUGCUGUAUAACCUCGAGAAUCGCCUAUCAACCCGAUGCAGAAAUCGACAUUUCAUCAUGGAGCCUCCCAGACAACGCUCCACUGGCUGAUGAGAGAUUUUAUCAGUCUCGCCAUAUCGACCUUCUUCUUGGCACAGAAACGUUCUUCACCGCUUUGUCUAUUGGCCAAAUCAAGUUGGGUCCCCAUCUCCCCAUGUUGCAAAAGACGAUCUUUGGAUGGGUAGUAUCAGGGCGUACCGGCAAUCAAGGCCAUGCCGCCCAAGCCCAUAGUUUCCUUUCAUCAGAGGAUUCAAUAAACCUGAACCUGGAGCGCUUAUGGCGCAUAGAGGAAGUUUCUACUACGCCAUUAACACUUACUCCACCGCAAGCUAAAUGCGAAUCGAUCUUCCAAAAAUCUGUCUGUCAGGUAGCGGAUGGAAGACUGAUGGUUCAACUGCCCUUCAAGGAUGACCCUAAUCUGUUGGGAAGGUCUCUUGAAACAGCACGGCUAAGAUUUGCAUCGUUGGAACGUCGCUUAAGCCGAAACGCGAAUUUGCGAGCCGAAUACACGAAUUUUAUGGAAGAAUAUGAGCGCUUGGGUCACAUGGAAUUAGUAACCAGCCCACUCCUCAACGAACCCCACUACUACAUACCACACCACUGCGUGUUUAAACUCAACAGCACGUCAACUAAGCUAAGGGUAGUCUUUGACGCCUCGUGCCCAACAAGCACCUACAAGUCCUUAAACGACAUCCUUCUAGUUGGACCCACGAUUCAACCAGACUUGUUUACAAUCUUACUAAGGUUCCGGACUCAUCGUUAUGUACUAACUGCUGACGUCGUCAAGAUGUACCGGCAGGUAUUAAUUGAUCCAUCGCAUCGUAAAUUUCAGUACAUCUUAUGGAGAAGCUCCAACGACCAGGAGAUUCGCACAUACCAGCUGAACACCGUUACUUACGGCACCGCAUCAGCGCCGUAUCUAGCAAUUCGCAGCCUGUCUCACCUCGCCAAUCAACAUGCAAGUUCACAUCAAAUUGGAGCAGAAGCCAUAAAAUCGUGUUUCUAUGUGGAUGACUUUCUCGGUGGAGCAAAUAAGCUAGAUCAAUUGAACCAGAUUCAAACCGAAGUCAUCGCUAUCCUCACGGCCGGCAAGAUGGAACUGGCAAAAUGGCACUCCAACCAUCAGGAUUUCGUCAAUGAUACAACGGUCAAGGAGCUAAAUCUCGACGACUACGCUACGACAAGCACAUUGGGACUGAAGUGGGACCAACGAGAAGACAUCUUCAAAUUCUCAUUUAACUGCAGCACAGCUCCGGAAAGUAUCACAAAGCGAACCAUUCUCUCGGUGGCCUCAUCCCUCUUCGAUCCGCUGGGACUUGUCUCGCCAGUUAUUAUGGUGGCAAAAAUCCUUCUACAGGAAAUUUGGCUUCUUAGAUUGCAUUGGGAUGAAUCAGUGCCAAUGACACUCCAACAAGCGUGGCUAUCGUUCGUGUCGUCGCUACAGCAUUUGGACUCUCUGCUCAUCCCACGUUUCUGCCUGCAGCCCCAUUCAGAUGAGCUCCAACUUCACGGCUUCAGCUCGCGUGUGGCACCAACGAAGAAGAAGACGCUGCCGCAGCUCGAGCUCUGUGGAGCGCAUCUUCUAGCACGACUCUACAACCAGAUAAAGACAGCCUUUCUACAACACACGCCCGAGACGUUUCUGUGGACAGAUUCACAGCUGGUGUUGCAUUGGAUUCGACAACAUUCUGCAACACUUUCUACGUUUGUCGGCAACCGGAUAUCCGAUAUCCAAGAAUUCACUCCAGACUGUCAAUGGAGGUUCGUUCCGACACGGCACAACCCAGCUGACAUGAUCUCCAGAGGAUGCAACCUUUCAGAACUCACCAACUCAACAUGGUUCCACGGACCUACAUUUCUAUCAAAUCUGCCGACAUCAUGGCCACCUAAUGUACACGGCAAUCUGGACAUGGAUGUCGUAUUUUCAGAAAAACGCAAAUCAGCAUUCCUUGCAUCGACAUCGACUUCCAGAAAUAGAGUCUUGGAAGCCCUCCACAACAAGGAAUCACACCAGUCUGGCCUAAGAUUGGUAGCAUGGAUGCUUCGAUUUUGCGACCGAUGUCGGAAGAAAAACCCCUUCACUACGAGGUCACUUUCCCCACUGGAACUGCGAAGGGCCAUGCUUUGCGUCGCAUGGAACCUACAACAGCGAUAUUUCAUCGAGGAAAUAACUCUCUUGCAAAAAGGCGCGCCGGUUCGUAGCCAUCUUAAAUUCUUAUCGCCCUUCUUGCAGAUCACAGAUGGAUUCAACCUACUUCUCGUCGGAGGAUGA